CCCGGCCGGCCCGGCAUGUAGAGAGACGGCGCGAUGUCGGCUCGGCGCUGCUGGCGGCUGGCGACGGCCGCCCUCCUCCUGCUCACGGCUGGCUCUGGACGCGUCCUCGGCGCCGACUCCGCUCAGAAGAAUGGCGGCAACCUAUCUGCAAUUCUGGAUUCUCUCCAUCAGGGCUAUGACAAGAGACUAAGGCCUAACUAUGGAGGCACGGCAGUGGACGUGGGAAUCACCAUGCAUCUUGUCAGUAUUUCGUCAUUGUCUGAAGUCCGAAUGGAUUUCACCAGCGACUUCUUUUUCCGGCAAUUUUGGCAAGACCCUCGGCUUGGCUUUAAAGCCCAGGAAGGCCUGUCCAUGCUCAGCAUCGGGUCUGAAUACCUCAAGAACCUGUGGGUACCUGAUACAUAUUUCCCCAACGAGAAAACUAGCUACUACCAUCUGGCUACCACGUCCAACGAGUUCCUCAGAAUAUACCCAACAGGCGAUAUCUUGAGGAGCAUCAGGCUGACCAUCACGGCGUCGUGCCCGAUGAACCUGAUGUACUUCCCAAUGGACCGGCAGCUGUGCGAACUUCAGAUCGAGUCGUUUGGCUACACGACAGCUGAGAUCGAGUAUAUCUGGAAGGACGGGACUGACUCGGUUAAAGUGGAGAGUGGCGUCUCGCUGGCCCAGUUCAAAAUAAUCGGUCACAGACAGAGGACGAUUUUGUUUCAAACUUCUACAGGAAACUACUCCCGACUGGCUCUGCAAAUUCAGUUCGAACGCUCCAUGGGCUACUACCUGAUCCAGAUGUAUGUGCCGUCGAGCCUCAUCGUCAUUAUAUCGUGGGUGAGUUUUUGGCUGAACCGGAACGCCACGCCGGCGCGGGUGUCGCUCGGGGUGACCACCGUGCUCACCAUGACCACCCUCAUGUCGUCCACCAACGCGGCCCUGCCCAAGAUCUCUUACAUCAAGGCCAUCGACGUCUACAUGGGCACCUGCUUCGUGAUGGUGUUUGCCUCAUUGCUGGAGUACGCCUACGUGGGCUACAUCGCCAAGCGGAUCGGCAUGCGGCGAAGUCGGCUGAUGGCCAUCCAGAAGAUGGCGCUGGAGAAGAUGCAGCGGGACGUGCGGGACCACUCGUCGAUGGUCAUGACGUCCGACGAGCACGCGCCCAAGUCGGCAAUGAACACGCUGCGGCGAGGUCAUUCCGGCCACGGUGCUCACCACGGGGGUCACACGGGUCACUCAUAUCAAUGCACCAUGCAGCCCUGCCCGGACCACCGAGAGCAGCACACCUGCGAGGUUCGGUUCAAGGUACAUGACCCGAAAGCCCACUCUAAGGGGUGCAUUCUCGAGAACACCCUAAACGGGGGCAGGCCCGAUGAGGAAGCGGCCAACAUGACUUCUCUAAUGAAGAGCAAGAAAGUCAACAAACUCUUGGGCUGUAGUCCAUCGGACGUGGACAAGUACUCCCGCAUCGUGUUCCCCGUGACCUUCAUCUGCUUCAACCUCAUGUACUGGAUCAUCUACCUGCACGUCAGCGACAAGGUGGCUGAGGACCUGGUGCCGUUCGUCAAGAAGUGAUCUCGAACACCCGCACGCCCUGGAGGCCAAUCAGCACGGUCACUGUCCCUCACACCGGCACCCGAGUGUUCGCACCGGCGAGGGCGGGCGCUGCGUCAACGAAUCGGUCGGUGUUUUUAUAAGUAUUUUUGUAUAGACUCACCAGCAUUCGGGCCUGCAAGCGUCGGCGCAUCGCAAACACCGAAGUUGUGCGCGCUGGGGCGCCGCCGGCCUCCAGACUGGCUCUGGAUGGAAGCCGAGGAGCGGCCGCUGCGGCGGCGGCGAGCUGGCGGGCGGGCGGAAGACCCCGCCGUGCGCUGCACCCCGUACCAGCGGCGCUGGGAGGCGCACCGUUCGCGACGGGUUGACGACGACAGACUCCUGGGCCACCCCUGCAUCACCGGUCGGGGUCGAUUAGGGCGUUGCUGGCGGCCCAGCACGGCGUGUGGCUUGCACGUUCCAGCUGAGCACUGCUCAAACGAGCUAGACAAUCUAGCCUCCGCGGUGAGGACAACGGUGCGGGUUCGCUCGCACGCCGUCAGCGAACUGGAAUCCACAGUGCUCCUGUCCUUUUCUAACUUACUUACUUUUGCUGAUGAGUCGUUUACCGGCUACACUGUGCGUACGUGUCUGACCCAUAUUGGCGUGACUUUUGUCAGCACACCAAGCGGAAGCUUUGAGAACUGAGCUCGCUGCUCGACGUGGACGAAUCCAUUCACGAAUUUGCUCAAGAGGGGAAGACUGUGCCGCUAAGGAUGGACGCAUGCUGCCGAUGGGGAUUGAAGAACGGGGUCGCUUGUGGAAGGUGCCAGCAAUAAGAUGCUCUCUUUUCAUCUUGUCUGGAGUGUUUCCGCGCGAUCUUUGCAGCGGCGCUGUGCGAGUGAUAUGUUUUGUACUACUGCAGCUUGGCACUGAUCUGGGCGAACCAUUCGAAGCUAACAGCACAGCUGCUAUGUAAAUUUGGUUGCAAAUGGACGAUGCGAAUCGGAGAUGUGUGCGUGUGAUGUGGAGAAAAACACCGACUCUGGUCUGAGCUUUGCGUUAGAUGGAAGUAGACAUGCCAGCUUAGUGUGCACCAUGGAGAAGUCGGGAUACAACAUGUGAAAUGCUCUAACGUGCUAUAUUCGCUGUUACUGAGACGCUGAAUAAAUUAGGGGAUAAGGGGAAAGUUGUUCCACGACUUGUGCCAUUUAAAAGAUGCUACUGUCGCCAGUUAGAAAAAAAUGGGGUUGCCUUCUGAUCACUGGACAACAUUGUGAAUUAUAAGAUAUCGCGCUGAUAAUUCGAGCUGUACAACAGCCAGCGAUACCAGGAAGCGAACAAUUUAUAUGGGCAUGUGAUGCUUCAUGCGGUGACCUCUUGACAAUUUACACAGAACGCUUUACAGAAGGCAUUUGCAUUCGUCUUGGUAUACAUGAAUAAAGAAUUAAUUUCUGCA